AACUAGGGGUGCGAGAUGGUGCCAGGGUUAAAGCAACACCUAAGAGUUUUUUUACCUUAAAAUAAUGUUUCCAAAAAAGUUUCACUCAAAACAGGGUGAACAGAACUUUCACAUUCGCUUUGCAGCCCUCUAUCGGCCAAAACCGCACUAAAGAAGUUUCCAACCGUCGGGUCGCAGUCCUGUAGUUCGAGUGAAAACGACAAAAACUUGCUUUACGGCAGACCUACAAUCCAAUCAGAGCCAGCUAUGCUGCAGUAUUUACGACAUUGGGUAAUGGGCAAUUAUGCUUCUAACCUGUAGGGGGAGCAAAGAGCAAAAACUCUUUAGUGUUGCUUUAAGACAUUUUAUCUUUACAAUUGACUAUAAAUUCAGUGUAAUUAAACAUCAGAAAAUAUAGCUACCAACCAACAGCACUACAUUGUAUAAUUUAAUAUUUUCUGUUUAAUUCAAAUGUUAAGUUUGAGAUGAAUUUUCUUUGGGAGACACGAAGGAAUGUCCCAGGCUUAUACAACUUCAUGCGGCGCCGCAAGAACUGACAGUCGGAUGAUGUCAGAGUACCGCAAGAACGAUUAGUGAAAUCAUACAAAGUCAUCCGGGUGUCGGUUCUUGCGGCGCCACAUGAAGUUGAACAAGCCUAUUGUCCAUGUGUGAUCAGCUGUUGUUUACAUGUGGACAUGUGAUCACUGAUGUGAUCAUAUGUGAAAAAACAUAAAAUGUGUGUGAUUUUUUUUCUGAUGGAAAUUUGUUAAUAGGAUGCAAAAAUGAAACCCAAGUAGACAAAGAAAAGAAAAUGAUGAGCUUUGGAAAAAUUUAAGAAAUUAUGACAUAUUGAAAAUAUGUGUAAGGGGAAAAGGAAAUGUGCUAGAUGUGGGGGGUCAUGAGUAUGGAAAAGUGAGGAGGGAGUGACACUAAAAUGCUUUAAUUGUGUAGGUAAUCGCAGUGUCGCAUACUGGGGAUGUGAAGUGUAUAAAAGAGAAGUGGUAGUAGCUGCGUAUGUUGAUGUAGUUAGAAUGGUAGAGCAGGAAAAUAAAAGUAAGGAAGGAACCACUAAAGAGAAGGUGGUAGAAGAUGGUCAAGAGAAGAGAAAGGCAUGGAUAGAGAAGAGGAAAAUGGUGACAUUCAUAGCAGGGGUAAUAAAUGUGACACACAUUAAAUUAAAUCAAAAACAGAACGGAUUGAGAUUAUUGUUAAAGCAGCUGAACAUCAUCUGAACAUGACUGGACUGAAAUGGGAGGAGAUAAAUAAUGAGUUGAGAAUGCAGGCCAGUCAAGAAAUAGCAGGCCAGUCAGUAAAAUAGUAGGAAAGGCCAUAUGAUGCAUGUAUUCAGGAAAUGUGGUUAAAACCAAGAUUCGAUUUUAUAUACUGUAAACUCGACAAGUUCAGAGUACUCUACAUAGUAAACUGAUUACAUCAACAUUUUUAAGUAAACCAACUUAAAAAAAAAGUCAGUUAACACAAACUUAAAAGUUUAUGCUUUAUUUUAUUUAAUAUUUAAAUACACUAUACAUAAAACUACUAUUUAUUAUAAGGACUGUUUACCACAUAUUUCUUUGUAUGCUUUACUUAAAACUUCUUUUAACCAUUUAAUUUUUGUUCACAAGUCACAGAAACAGAUUAUGUGACUCAUGAAAAUGUAAGACCAGUGAAAGUGUGAUGAGCUCAGUGCUGACUUUCACACAGUCAUAGUUUAUAUGAUAAAGCAACGCAUAUCUGACCUACAGCCUAAGCACAGGCAGUACACUUCUAAACAAUAGUAAGCACAAAACUAAAAAAAAUUAGCAAACUCUUCUAAAUCUCCGAAAUAAAUAAAUGUUUACUGAAAACCACAUCAAAUAUAACUUACUUUUAAAACCUGCUAUCGUAAAGGGGGCUCAUGCAAAGCAUGCUGGGAACUGGAACCUAUGGUAGUUUUUGUUUGAUGGGUUUCAUUGGUUUUAUUGUGGAUUAUGCAUUUAUUAUUUCCACAAAUAAAUAUUCUGUCUUAUUAUAUACUCUUAUUACUGAUUAUGACUAUAUUCUGUCUUAUUAUUGAUAAGGUAGUUAUUAUGCAUUGUUUACACAAAUGUAUUAUGUCUCACAACAAGCACUGCAGGAAGGCCAAAGCCAAUUAAAGCAAUAAACAGAGUACGUCAUUUUAGAUUUGAGAAGUCAUCCAGGUGUACUUAAUAAGUAACUUAAUAAAAAUAAGUUAGUUGUCCUAGGGAAGGCAAAAGCCAAGAGAACCAAUAAGCAGAGUAUGUCAUUUUAGAUAUGAGAAAGAGUUCAGCUGCACUUUUGCUAUAACAAAUAAGUUAAUUAUGAGGGUAAUUCAGUUGCAAAACUCGAGAGGUUGCCGAUUUGAAUGUGAGAACUUGUCAUAUUAAUUUUCGUAUUUGUAAAUUGAAAUUUACACUCACAGCUCUGAUGUGAAAAGCUGAAUGUUUCAAUUUGCACACACAGACAACAACCCAAACACCCGUGUUACGAAGCUGAAGUUGCAGAUUAAUAGUUGCAAAUGUGUAAAAUGGCAUUCACAUAAACACAAUGUCAGACACAAAUGUGACAGACUUAUUCAUUUACGCACUUUACUUCAGUUUCGCUGUACAACUUCAAGUCGGCGCUUACAACCUCUCAGAUCUGGCAGUACAAGUUCAAUUCCUGGCGCUUUAACUUUUGCUACUUUUUCUGCGAUAUUCCUGUUGCAAAAUUGACUUGUGCACUUGUGCAGAGUGCAGACGCGAGAGAGCAGAACGGGAUGGGUGUGUGGGUGGUGGGGGGGGGUAAAGCCGUUUCAUUGGUCGAUACCGGACCAAUAAACAACGCCAUAUAGUUCGACUUGCCAUACGGAAAUAAUUAUUUUUAUGUAUGAGACAGUAUUUUCAUUAAAAUAUCUUUAGUUUUAACAAGUUUUAUAUUACAGUAAAAUAUUUAUUGGUUGGAGUCAGUCAGCCAAUGAAAUUGGACGUUUUUGUACGCGAUGACGUCACUACACAGAGUAAAACUAUCCCGCCGUUUUCGUGGUCCAUGUACUAGCCUGUCGUCGCGAUGGAGGCAUCAAACAAUUCCAGGGUAAGUACAUCAUCAAUAUUGAUGAAAAAAAAAAAACAUACUCAAAGACAAGAUAUUCCAUGAACCAUGUAAACUCUUUUUUUAAGAUAAUAAUAACCUUGUACCAUGUAGAGCUGCACGAUUGAUCGAAAAUAAUAAUAAUCACGAUCUCGAGCCAUGUCGUUACCAGAGUUAUAAAGUAUUGAAAAACGGUAUUCAUUCCUGACGAUGCAACAAUAUUGGUUCUGAAAAAAGUAAGGAAAUAAGGUCUGACCGUUUCUCAAUCCGAAGGCUGCAGCCUCCGGAGGUCGCAUAUGCAGGCUGCAUACGCCAUCAAGCUUGAUUUAAGUUAACUGAGCAUUCGCAAAUCAUACACAUACUACAACAAUUACGAUUAACCAAGUAUAAUAGUCAACUUUAUAACGUUAAUUGUUAAUAUUCUUUAAUAAGUCAGAGAAUAUGUGAGAGAAUCGUGACCUCAAUUCCCAUGGAAAAAAAAAUCGUGAUUCACAUUUUAGCACGAAUCGUGCAGCCCUACAUGUGGGGUGGGUUACUAUCUGAUAAUAAUUAAAUUAUUAUUGUUGUUGUUGUUAUUGCAUUUUACAUGAAUGUAACUUAUAUUGUUUUCUUUCUACAGGAGCAGAAUUCAGAUAUAGAGAGUGCUGUAAGGAAUCUGCUUAGUUGCAUCCGAAGGCAUAGCAACCCUCAAGCACAUGGAAGUUCCAACAUUUCUCCCACUGUGGCACCUCAGCCUGGUACCAGUGCUUCCUUUAGUGUUGGCCAGGCGGCACCUCAGCCUGGUACCAGUGCUUCCUUUAGUGUUGGCCAGGCGGCACCUCAGCCUGGUACCAGUGCUUCCUUUAGUGUUGGCCAGGCGGCACCUCAGCCUGGUACCAGUGCUUCCUUUGGUGUUGGCCAGGCUGUUAGUAGGCCAAGCACAGUUCAGCAAGAAAUGCAAAGAGCUUUUCCAGCACUUUACCAUGGAAACCGCAAAAGAAUGAAAAAAAUGGCCCCUGUACCUGCAAAAGUUACAUCUGUAAAGUUCUUAGAAUUCCAGUUCUGUUUGCUGUCAAACAAUUCCCAAAAAACUCCCAAAGAUGAAACGGUUCCCUUACAAGCAGGACUAGGGAGAAGAACUGUAAAUAUUCCGGACAAUGCUGAUCAUACUGAGAUAACCAAAGUACUUCUUCAGGAGUACCCAAAGUUGCAAAACAUAAAGGGUGGUUGGCUACUCCAAAAAGCCUCAGGGGGAAGUGGACAAAGGAAAACAACAUCUCUGGCCCAGGAUUCCCAGGGCUACACAACAAAAAUAUUGAAGACAUCCUCUAACAAUGGGAAGAAUGUCAUCUACAUCGUCCCUCUCCAAGAAGAAAUCGAUAUAGUCCCAUUGCCAUAUGAUGCACCUGAAUUUCAUAACAUGCCCAAAAACAUCUGCAUGACCUGUGGUACAUCAGUCCCAUUACAGUUGCUGCCAUGUCACCUUGAGGAUUGUCAAAGUAAUAAUGCUGUAAGUGAUAUUUCAGUGUCAUUCACAAAAAAAUGAAAUGUAUAUAAUUUA